AUGGCCUUAACCUUCAACAUCGCCAUGGUUGCUGCCCUGACCUUUGCCACUUGUCUACAAAUAGUGAAAGCACAAACUGCUUGUCCCAGCCGGUGUCGAUCCUGCGACAACAACGUGGCUGAGUGCUCCCAGCGCAGCUUGACAGCCCCACCAAAGUUCUAUCCACAAGGCAUCAGAACCAUUAACCUUGAAAACAACCACAUCCGGGUCAUUGCAGAGAGGACUUUUGGAAACCUCGACUCGGUGGAGGUGCUCAAGAUCAGCAGCAACAAGAUCGUUGCCAUCCGAGAUGACUCCUUCAGUUCUUUCCCCAACCUGGUCAGCCUCGAUUUGAUGGACAACCGCAUUUCACGCAUCAGCAGAAGAGCUUUCAAAGACCUAAACAAGCUUCGAACCCUUUCCCUCAACCGCAACAGGCUGGACUCCCUGCAGGGCAUCCUUCAGUAUGUCCCUAACCUAUUCCAGCUCAACGUUGCGAACAACAGGAUAACCACCAUUGGUCAGAACGACCUGUCGCCGAUAUCAAGAGUCCACUACCUGGAUUUGCGGGAUAACCUGAUAACCAGUAUUCACAGCAAGGCCUUUAAGAAUCUGAUACACAUAAGAUAUUUGUUCCUCAACAAUAACCCACUUACAUCCACACCGGCAUUUGAGUUUGGCAGCCAGGUUCUACAGCUGGUGGACUUCUCCAGCUGUGAGCUGAGGCAGGUCCCUGGGCCACUUCCAGCUUCUGUGUCAGAUCUCCGACUGGGAAACAACAGGAUCAUGCAGGUCAGGACCACAGACUUCACCAACAUCACAGAUCUGCAACUGCUGACCCUCAAUGACAAUGAACUACACUUUCUGGAGGAUGGUUCUUUGUCUCACCUGACCCAGCUAAGAGAGAUCUGGCUAAGAAACAACAGCCUUGUGUACAUCCCUCGUGGCAUACCCAACAACGUUCGCAACGUCCACAUGGACUCAAACAACAUCCAGCAGAUUGAACCUGGCAUCUUUAGCAACAUGUCCCAUUUAGACUACCUCACGGUUGAAAGCAACCAAAUCAACAGGAUUCAGCCUAACACCUUCAGAGGACUACGCUUCCUGAACACCUUGAAUUUUCAAGGCAACAGGAUUCAAAAUCUAGAGCCAGAGACUUUUGUGGACCUGGGUAGUUUGAGCACACUUCUGCUAUCCAACAACCCAAUGGUGAGGAUUGAAACUAGUGCCUUUAAGAAUCUCGGCAAUUUAACACAACUGUUUCUUAGCUACAUUGUGGAGGAAAAUUUCCAUUUGGCAGAAAAUUUCUUUCCCCAAAUGUUGAGACUGCAGACACUGCACCUUGUUAACAGUCCCGGACUUGUUAAUGAUCUGAUGGAUAUGAUCAAUGAUUCAGCGAUCUUUGCCAUCCCUCUAGAGCACAUGCAGCAGCUGGAUUUAAGCUACAACACGCUUGAAUGGGUCAGCCCCAGGAUCAGGGUAGUUUUCCCUAACCUCCUGUCUAUGCCCCUAGAUGGAAAUCCUUUGCGAUGCUCACGCAGUCUGAAAUGGCUGAGGGACUGGAUGGUGUCAAGUGAAGUCAAUUUCAAUAACUAUAAUGAAAUUGUAUGUGAAACCCCACUAAGGCUUAAGGAUCGGGCAGUCAGAAGUAUUGAGGAUCAUGAGUGGGAAAACGAUGAGGCCAGUGAGGAAAGUGGAGAAGCAGCAGCUGGAAAUCAACAACCAGCGGCACAAGACCAAGCUGGAAACACACGAUCAGAGGCUGUUUCCAGUAUUCAAACUAGAGUGAGAGCAGACAGGCAAGGUGUGGGUAAGAGGUCACAUGUAGACGCAGACAAUGGCAAAAUUCAACGCAAGGGUAAAGGUAAGGGUCAAGGCAAGGGCAAAGGUAAAAAAGAAAAUAAAGGCAGUAAGAAAAGCAAGAAAGGUAAAAGCACAGUGGAGAAAACCAAGAAAAAGGGAAAAGAGAAAAAGAAUAGACAACAAGAAAGUCUAGCAACUGUGAAUAAUAAAUUGUAA